GAGAUAUGAAGUCUUUGGAUCCAGAUUUACAAGGCGAGACAUUGCGGUUGACACAUUCAACUAUUAACUCCCAAGACGAAAUGACUGCCUCAGCGAAAACAAAUUCUCAAGAUCAAUGUGCUUCCUCAGAAUAUGUGCAUGACGAAAGAUAUGGAAGAGAUAUGCAAGUUCAAAUGAAGCCUUCUCUUUUUCCUUUGCAAAAUGAAGUGGCCCAUUCAACUGGUUUCUCUGCUUUUGGAUACUCAGAUCCUUAUAUCAGUGGAUUAUAUACUGCUUAUGGACCUCAGCCUUUUCCUCAAAUGAUGGGCAUAGCACCUGCCCGCGUCCCACUCCCAGUAGAUAUUGCAGAGGAUGGACCGAUUUAUGUUAAUGCAAAACAGUACCAUGGGAUCUUAAGGCGGAGGCAGAUACGUGCAAAGCUUGAGGCUCAGAACAAACUCGUUAAAAACAGAAAGCCAUAUCUUCAUGAGUCGCGGCAUCUUCAUGCAGUGAAUAGAGUUAGAGGAUCUGGAGGACGUUUCCUUAGCUCAAAGAAAGCGCUUCAAUCUGAUCCAAAUAGUUACCCUGCUAACUCAACUUCUUCUCGAGACUCAGUUGAGCAUGAAGGUUCAACGUCUGCUUUCUCAAGUGUCAGACAAGAUGUCAUCCACAACGGCAUCAGCUUCCAGCAGCAGCAGCAGCCUGAUCAAAUGGCCUUCAGCGUGUCCUCUCAUAUGGGUAUUAACAUGCAAGGCAAUGGGACUCAACAACGUGCUCCAGUUGUCCGGUGAUUAUAACUUCUUUUAACUGUCAAAGACAGUCACCGGCAGGCAAUUCAUCCUUGGCUUUUACCUUUUGUUAUUUAGUCUCUCUGGUUUUUUGCAAGUGUCAACUGGUUUCUACUGUUAUAACGGUGAAUUUGGUCGAUAAUCCUAGAUUUAUCGAACCUUCGAUUGAAGAAAAGAAAGUCUUCUGUUCUGAAUUAGUUGUCUGUUUUGCUGCACGUCUGCGCUUAGCGUGUAAUGGUUAUGCAGUGAAGUUGUUAACGAUAAACCGAAAAGAAAAACAGACAAAAUGGUUGCUGGUUUGUGUAUUGAGUGAAACAAGAGGUUGAUGUAAUGCUAAGUUUACUCAAAACAGUUAAUGUGUAAUUUGUUCAGUGGACUUCAUUGAAUUGAAUGUAUCUUUUUUUUUUUUUGAUUUCC